UUUUUGUAUCUGUAUUUAAUGGUUUCAUAUUAUAAAUGUUUGGCUCAACAAUCAAAAUUUCAAUCGGAUAAAGAUCUCAACCAAUUGGAUCGUCUACUUAAGGGUUAUGAUAGACGUGCGCUUCCAACCAGUCAUUUAGGUAUACCAACUGUAGUCGAGUGCGAAAUAUUUAUCCGAUCGAUUGGAUCGAUAAAUCCGGAAUCCAUGGACUACGAGGUCGACCUAUAUUUGCGUCAGAGUUGGUUUGAUGAGCGGCUCCGUACCGGCAACGGGUCGCGAGCUAUGGACUUAAACGACCCGAAGUUAGUUCAGAUGAUUUGGAAACCGGAAGUCUUCUUCGCCAACGCAAAGUCAGCGGAGUUCCAGUACGUGACGGUUCCCAAUGUUUUGGUCAGACUUGAAACCGGCGGCAAAAUACUCUAUAUGUUGAGACUCAAAUUGCGCUUCUCCUGUAUGAUGGACUUAUACCGAUACCCAAUGGACGCACAGGUGUGCGGUAUUGAAUUGGCUUCAUUCUCAAAGACAACGAGUGAAUUGAUGCUAAAAUGGUCGGACAUAUCGCCCAUUAAAUUAUACGAUAAGUUAAAGUUACCGCAGUUUUUGAUAACUAAUGUCAAUACAACACUUUGUAAGGAGACAUUUCAUAUAGGUGAAUACAGUUGUCUUAAGGCCGAGUUUUAUCUGCAACGAGCACUGGGCUAUCAUUUGGUUCAGUCGUAUUUGCCAACCAUACUAAUUGUUGUCAUCUCGUGGGUGUCAUUUUGGUUAGACGUUGAGUCUAUACCGGCCCGAAUCACAUUAGGUGUUACCACACUAUUAACAAUUUCAUCAAAAGGGGCUGGAAUUCAAAGUAAUUUACCGCCCGUUUCCUACGCUAAAGCUAUCGAUGUAUGGAUGGGCACCUGCACUACAUUUGUAUUUGUGGCACUAUUGGAGUUUACCCUGGUCAAUUAUUUAUGGCGCAGAAAUAAAUUAACACCCAUUAGGACCGUACGGCUUAACAAUCUCAGUCAUACUAAGAAAAACAUUGAAUCGAUGAACAGUAUUAACAAUAAGCUAUUGACGGUCAGCGAAGAUACAAACAGCGAGCUCAGGGAUCUUAGUAUGACUACAGCAUCGAUAGGUGAUGUCGGCUAUUGUAGUAGUGGUAGUGCUGGUGGUGUUAGCAAUGGUGACGACUGUUCUCGAAGAACUCCCGAGAAAAUCGAUAGUAUUAGUCGUAUAGGAUUUCCCGUAUUUUUUAUCGUAUUUAACCUAAUCUAUUGGCCAUAUUAUCUCAUAUUGAUUGCACCUUAAGUUACAAAAAACAACUGCA